GGUGUGAAUGGUCACUGUAAGAAGGUGACAGUGUGGGGCAGAAAGGACAGCAUCUUAUACUGUCACUCGCCUUGCAGCUGGCAGUGGACCACAAUGCAACAAGUUUUGGAAUAUGCAUUGGAUCGAGCUGAGUACAUUGUUGAAAGUGCUCGACAACGACCAGCCAAAAGAAGAAUUUCAUCUGGCGGGAGGAAGAGUUUGUAUCAGAAACUCUAUGAGCUGUAUAUUGAAGAAUGUGAAAAAGAACCAGAGUUAAAGAAUUUGAGGAGAAAUGUGAAUCUACUGGAGAAGCUGGUGUCUCAGGAGUCUCUGUCGUGUCUGGUUGUCAACUUGUACCCUGGGAAUGAAGGCUAUUCGUUAAUGCUCAGGGGCAAAAAUGGAUCUGAUUCUGAAACCAUCCGUCUGCCRUAUGAAGAAAGAGAGCUUCUGGAGUACCUGGAUGCUGAGGAGUUACCUCCCAUUCUCGUGGAUCUGUUGGAGAAAUCACAAGUGAACAUCUUCCACUGUGGCUGUGUAAUAGUAGAAGUAAGAGACUACAGGCAAGCUGGUAAUACCAAGAUUCCCACCUAUCAGAGCAGGCACGUCCUGCUACGGCCAACCAUGCAGACGCUAAUCUGUGACGUCCAUGCCAUGACCAGUGACCACCACAAGUGGACACAGGAUGACAAAUUGCAGCUGGAGAGUCAGUUGAUUUUGGCUACAGCUGAACCUCUGUGCCUGGACCCCUCCAUUUCUGUUACUUGCACAGCCAACCGCCUGCUCUACAACAAACAGAAAAUGAACACUCACUCCAUGAAACGGUGUUUUAAGAGAAACUCUCAAGCUGCACUGAACAGGCAGCAGGAGUUGUCGCAUCUGCCUGUGCCACCACAGCUACGACUUUACGACUACCUACAGAGGAGGAAGGAGAGGAAGCCUGCACCUGUAGACCUCAAGAUCUCAAAGGUUGGAAACUGUGUCGACAUGUGGAAGCAGAACAACUGCCAACUAACUGUACCAAAGGAGAUUGAUGUGGAAAAGUAUGCUGUUGUUGAGAAAUCUUUGCAGCUGGAAGACUCUCAGCCCACUACUGUGAUCUGGCCUGCUGAGGAAGUUAUAGAUGACUACACGUUCGAGUGCGAAGUGGGAGGCCAAGCUCAAAAGACGAAGGUUUCCAUCAUCCAGUCAAUGGGAGACCCGCUGGUGUACGGGAAGAUCUGCUGUGCGAAAGACAGAAGAGCAGAGGAGGACGGAGCAGACCUAAAGCUCAUACAUCCGCCUUUCCUCAUUGGGUCAAAGAUAGACGCAGAGAGGUUUCUUACUCAGUACAAAGAAGUGUAUGAGAGAGAUGUAAAGUGUGAGGUCAAGAUGUCCCACCACUCAGGCAGUGUGGGGCACUGCCUGAGUCCCUCCCCCAGCAAAGAUGAGGGUGAUGGUGCGUCUCCACUCGUGCAGACGUCUGUAUUGGGAAAAGGAGUGAGACAUCGGCCUCCUCCCAUUAAACUGCCUUCUGGAUCGGGCAGCAGUUCCUCAGGUAAUCCAUAUAGUUCACAAACUACCAGUGGUCUACUUAAGUGUCCUACGCCGCCGCCGCCUCCAGCCAAAAGCCAGUCUCUGAACAGGAAGCACUCCAUGGAGCUGGGCCAGAUGGGCCUGCUGUCGCCUGCCUCCCUUUCCCCAAUGGGAUCCACACAGAGAUCGGGAACCCCCAAGCCUUCUACUCCCACGCCCACCAACACGCCAUGCUCAACCCCGCAUCCCACCGACUCCCUCUCUACUCCCCUCUCGUUGACCCCGACCCCGUCGGAUCCCGCCAUGGUUCAAAGCCAAUCGCAGCCUCCGCUCCUCACACCUUUCCCCCAGCAGCAGCUGGCUCUAAGCCAGCCCCUUCCUGUCAUGACCAUCCCCCUGCCCACCAUGGUUACAUCCAUCACCACAGGGACCAGCUCGACGCAGGUCAUGGCCAACGCACCAGGACUGAACUUCAUCAAUGUGGUCAGCUCUGUUUGCAGUCCUCAAACUUUAAUGAGUGGUUCCAGCCCCAUGCUGGGUCCGGGGCUGAACCUGAGUGGAAUCCUGCCUUCUGCGGGGUUGAUGCCCACCAUGCAGUCUGCAGCUCAGACAGGGAGCCCCUUUGGUCUAAACAGCAGUGCUGGGUUAAGACCACUAAACCUACUACAGAUCCCCACUGGUCCUUACAUUUUUAACUCUCUGCAGCAGCAGCAGCUGUCCCAGUUCUCCCCUCAACAGAGUCAGUCAGCCACAUCCAGUCCUCAACAGCAGGGGGAGACGAGUGACCAAGGGUCAGAUCAAAGUUUAGGAAACCAGCAAACUGCUGUCAUCAACCUCGGGGUGGGAGGCUUCAUGUCUCCACAGGCAGCAGUGCUGUCCCAGUUGGGCUGUGGGCUGGACGGGUCUGGGCCCCCGCUGCCUUCUCCAAGGCUUCAGCAGCAGCACCAGCCACAGAUCCAAUUGCAAUUCUUGCAGCACCAAAUGCAGCAGCGAAUGGCUAUGGGAGCAGCAGCUCCUCCGGGGGGAGCACCACGGCAGCAUACCGCCAGUCAACCAAGAAGUAAGAGGAAGAGGAGCACACCUCAGCCUCUCUCUAAGUCAUAACAGACUGACCACACUAAAGCCCCUU